AUGAAUUCGACAACGAUGAAUUGCUCCAGUCUACUUAUUCUUCUUUGUUUCAGUUUUCAGUUAGCUACAUGCAUAUCACAAAACGAGCUAAACGAAUUGUCUCGAAAAUUCAAGUACUAUCACGCGGCGGUUCGACCUGCGGCUCCCGAUAAUUUCGUAUCCGAUCGAAAUGGCACAUUUUUCAAUGUUCCAGUUGAAAUGCAUUUAAUGACUACGAGGAUUGUUAAUAGAAAUCUAUAUCUGGAAGUGAUAAUUGCGAUGACGUGGAUUGACGAACGACUCCGCCUUCGAGAAUUGAAAGAUCGAUUUCCAAUGCCUUUAGAAUACCCAACAUGGCAUCCAUCCCUCGUUUUCUCACCUACAGUAACCUCAAAACACACUACACUCGCCCCAACCACCGGAACAAUGAAUAGCUACAGUACCAUCAAGACAACUGUAGAAUGUCAAACGAAUGCGUGGAAAUAUCCAUUCGAGUCAUUCACAUGUACACUUUCUGUGGUCCCGGAAGGCGAUGAGACACUUACAGUAACCCAAUUUCAUGAUCUGAGAAGCGAUACACAGAAAUUACUGACCAAUGUCUUUUUGGGUGACUACCCAUCGUGUUCACUGGAAUUCAUUUUUAGAUCCGAAUGGCCGCGUGCACUACUCUCAACGUUCCUUCCGAGCAUUUUAAUAGUGUCUUCUGUAUUUUUCGCUCAAUGGAAACGGCGGAAAAUUCAAAUUUUAGUCUCCCUGGCGGCAAUGCUGUCUUCUCAACGCCCCUACACUGCAACUACUCUAAUGGAUCUCUGGUUAUGCUCGAAUUUUAUUCAUUCAGUUUUUUUGGUGUUAAUCGAUUUAACACUGCCCGCUAGAAGAGUACGGUACACUUUGAUGGUCCAUGUGGAUGAGGAGAAGAAACAGGCAAAUCCUGUCAAAAUUAUGACUACUUCCGAAACCGAACACACAGGACCCCUCCGAUUCGUGAAUCAUGUUAUCGACUAUUUGAUGAAGAAAGAAUACAAACCGACGACUACCGUAGUCACUGCGUGUCCCGGUCCAACACCAAUCCAACGUCAAAUCACCACUGCCAUGCUGGGAAAUCGGAAACGAGCCGCCCUUUUCUGUGUUUUCUGCUCUUAUCUCCUCUUUUUAUUGAUUUAUGCAACUAUUAUCAUAGCUAUUGAUUGA